AUUUUGGACGUAGGCGUUGACGUCGGCGUCGACGUCGACGUCGGCGUCGUCGUCGUCGAGCGUUGCGCUAUUUGCCGUUUUGUCCCAUUUCGCUGUCGUCUGCUUUGCUUUGCGGUUCUCGUUCUUGGUCUCGGCGCUCGUUCGUGUUUAUUUCUGUAUAUUUGUCGCAUAUAUAUACAUAUAUAUAUAUAUAUAUAUAUAUAUAGUUUUGGUUAAUAUUUUGUUGUUCUUAUUUAUAGUUUACAGUUUGGGCAUUGUUAUUAUUGUUCUUGUCCUUGUUGUUGACAAAAAUUCGGACCGACAGCUGGUCGAAAACGUAACUGGCGACAACGUAACUGUCACGUUAACGUUAACGGUAACGGUAACGGUAAUUUGAAAUAAUGGCUGCCAAAGAUCGUCUGCCCAUAUUUCCAUCGCGCGGGGCACAAACUUUGAUGAAAUCGCGUCUGGCGGGCGCCACAAAGGGCCAUGGCCUGCUUAAGAAGAAGGCCGAUGCGCUGCAGAUGCGUUUUCGCCUGAUUCUGGGCAAGAUCAUUGAGACAAAGACACUGAUGGGCCAGGUGAUGAAGGAGGCGGCCUUCUCGCUGGCGGAGGUCAAGUUCACGACGGGCGACAUCAAUCAGAUUGUGCUGCAGAAUGUGACCAAGGCGCAGAUCAAGAUACGCACCAAAAAGGAUAAUGUGGCGGGCGUAACCCUGCCGCUGUUCGAGCCAUAUCAGGAUGGCGUCGAUACCUACGAGCUGGCCGGCCUGGCGCGUGGCGGCCAGCAGCUGGCCAAGCUAAAGAAGAACUAUCAGAGCGCUGUCCGGCUGCUUGUCGAGCUGGCCUCGCUGCAGACAUCCUUUGUAACGCUGGACGAUGUCAUCAAGGUGACCAACAGGCGUGUCAACGCCAUUGAGCACGUGAUAAUACCGCGCAUCAAUCGCACCAUCGAGUAUAUCAUCAGCGAACUGGACGAACUGGAGCGCGAGGAGUUCUAUCGCCUCAAGAAGAUACAGGACAAGAAGCGCGAGGCCCGCAAAUCGGCGGAUCGGGCGCGCGAGGAGCUGCGCCGCCAGGGCUAUACCGUGCCCUGCAGCGAGGAGGCGCAGAGUAUACUCGAAAACGAUGGCGACGAGGAUCUGCUCUUCUAGACGUUUCGCUCAAAUCUUCUGAUGCCCCUCCACACACACACACACACACACUACCUCAUUGGCAGAUUGUGACGCCUUUUUCAAGUCUUUAUUCAAUUUCGUUUACAUUAUGCUCCAAUUUGUUUUUUGGUUCUGGUUCAGCAACUGCUCCGUUGUUGUUGUUGUUGUUGUUGUUGUCUGCAGCUAAUGAAAUUAUGUACACGUA